AACAUGGUUGGAGAAGACUAUGGAGAGCCCAGCCACCACGGAAAAGCUCGGGAAACUCCUGGCGCGACAUGGAAGAAGAGACGCGGCGUGUAGGACCUACACCUACUACAGAGAGACAGGCUCAAUUGCCUUUCCUUGCAAGAAUGCUCAACCCCGCACGCCAGCCAUUGCGGUGUUACUUAUUGGCAAGGAAUCGAUCAGGGAAGCCCCAUAAACUCGAGCAGCAAUUUGUAGAAGAGCGAGAAAGAUUGCCGUUGCAGGCUAGAGAUGACAAUGCUACACCUCACUUCAUGCCAUCUCGCAGCCCAUCCAGUGUGUAGGGGUUCUGGAUCAGGAGGGAGCACAACACUCAGAUCACUGGCGGAUCAGAGAUCAAGAAAGGGCGUUGUUCAGAACUGUCCAUCGCCGCGGUCGUUCACCACAUGCGCUCUGAAGACGCCUUCGUAUGGCGGCAGAUCGAGGGGGAAGAUCAAUCCCAGAGACCUGUUCACCUUCUCCUACAAGUUCAACACCGACAUCCCAAUGAGUGAAACACAAGGGGCGUCCAUCGAUGAGUACCUGCAGAACAGUCCCAGGAUCGUUGGAGCUGUGUUUCCGGAUCAGCGCAAAAGAAGAAAGCUCAAUGAUGAAGAAUGGAGCGUCCAGCUUCUGCCCAUCCAGUUCCUCUUCCUGUCGGCGUCGCCGGUGAUCGUCAUGCGCUUCGUCAGGAAAUCUGGCGGGAAGGAGUACCCGCCCAACGUCCCCAUCCACGCCACCAGCCUCCUCCUCAUGGAAGUGACAGACUACAAGCUGAACGGUCUAGACAGCAACUCCAUGCCGUCGCACCUCGCCCUCACAGUCCGGGGCUUGAUGUACCCGCAGCGGGAGGGGAGGAAGAGCCUCAGGGGGCACGUCGAGAUGACCGUCGGCUUCAACCUCCCGCCGGUGCUCGCCAUGGUCCCGGAGAGCAUCAUCAGAGGCGUCGGCGAGACGGUGCUGCGGCAGCUGGCGGAGCAGAUGAAGCAGGACUUCGAUACAGGGCUGGAAGCAGAUUUCAAAAGGUACACGAGGGAGAAGCUAACUGACAGGCGCACCUCGCCCUGAAUUUUGAGGCACUCACAUUUCACAGCCCGGUAACAGUAGGCAAAGCAGCAGACAUGACUACGGAUUCUUUGGAGUGGCCAUGUCAACAGCAGGGUCGCCAACCCUCUGUGUACUCACCAGUUGGAUGAUACCAGACAAUAAGAAUAACUUGAUGGAUCACGUUUAUUCAUUGUAAAAUGGAGCUUCGGAAUGUACAUAAUUACAAGAAUAUCCAAUUUCAAAGAGA